AUGGCUACCUACGAAGGUCUGGUUUGCUUCCUGCAUCCUCGCGGGGUUGAUGCCAGCCAACUCCAAGCUCAAUCACUCCCGCAAGCUUGGAGUACAUUGCUUAUCGUUCAUCAGUGGCUAAUAAUUAUUAUAGUCGAGCAUUCUACAACCGACAAUAAUACCUCCGCAAAUAACUCACGGCAGCCCGGCUCUCGCCGCUCAGCUCGUCCUGACCUUUCCACAUUCUUCGCCACGCUGAAUGAAAUAAGCCCCUACCAAGGCGAGCAAAGGACGCGCCCGCACGCUGUUCCGGUGCCAGGCGAUGUAAGUGCCGCGUUUAGGUCGCUUGCGGAGGCAUUUGAUGUUAUGAGACGUAGCGGGGAUAAUGCGCCACUACCAGUUUACGACGGACGGGACCCCGAAAUGGCCGAUGCUGAGCAAGGACCAUUAAUAGAAGAGAUGAUUCGGGCCCUAUUGCAAGAGGCAGAAGCUCCUCCACGGGAAGUCGAAGGAGUAUCAGAGGAAUUUUGUGAUAUGCUUGAUCGUGUUCCCAAGUCAAAGCUAAAGGAGGCCCAAAGUUGUCCAAUAUGCAACAACCCCUUUCUUGAGGACUCACAUCCUCUCGUUGUCAGGCUUCCCUGCCACACGUCCCAUCUGUUCGACUUGGAGUGCGUACGCCCAUGGCUACGGCUAAGGGGAACUUGUCCCCUUGACAGGACAGAUUUUGGAAAGAAGGAACGUCAGAAAGAACAAGAAAGGCUGGAAAGACUUAUGAAGAAAUCUAGUGGGCUUAAUGAUGACGACGACGAAGAGUGGGAUGGCAUGUAUGCAUAA